AUGGUUGCAAGAACUACGUCAAUCUUCCUUGCUGUUGUCGGAAUGUCUCUCGCAUGCAGCACCACAUGGCCGAACGGCACCGACACCCACACCAACUGGUACCAAUGUAACAGCGGUCCCAUCACAUUCUACAAUGCUACUCCUUUUGAUGCAAGUGGUAAUUACGAGUAUCCGAUCCAUCUCAGCAAACCACUGAUCAUUAAAACCGACAUCAACAAUCCUAAGAACACCUACGGGUCGCCAGGACUGAAGCAAACGACGAACAUCUGGAGCUGGAGUAGUAGCUGCACUUGGAGCUCUGUGCCGACUUUCGGGAUGCUGAAGAACCUCGAUGCCUGCACUAACGGCAUCCCAUGCCCGAUUAAGACUGGUCGUCAGGAACUGGAUAUCCUCAUGGACUUUUCCCCGUACAAUGCAAUCAUUUCGCUAUUGAAAGAUGAUGCACCUUACCAACUUCAAAUGAUUCUCCACGAUGAUGUGACGAAGGAUGAAGCAUGCAUCAUAUUCCAAGCUAGGGCUCGGAUUCAGUAA